UGGACUUGCGCAACGCAACGCACCAGUCAGUCAUCAGCGCCACACAGAGACACCGAAGCCUCUGGCUGUUAAUUAGGUUACUCACUCGGUCACUUUGUCGCUCCCCUCAUCCCCCUUGUUAUACGCCCUGAAAGCAUGAAACUGGUGGUUGAGCUUGCUGUGACUGUGCACAUGGAAGCGGCCGCCCGUGCCGCCCUUAUCCCUAUUAGGCGUCCGAAACACCACCACAUUCACCCUCGAGUGCAGCAGCGCCAUGGCACACAUGACACAUGGCUCGUGCGUCACAAACACGUCGCAGCCCGUGCAAAGGUACUCAUCCUCAGGGAUGAACCGCGCCGACUGCGCCUCGCCGCUCUCUGUCUCGUCGUGCUUGCGCUUCCUCGCCUCGCCGCCCUCAUCAUAGCUAUCAUGUCUGCUGGGGUUGGACUGUGAGUUGGACUGCCGCAGCCGCCUGGCGCGGUCCUCGAUGGCCAGCAUAGCUGCGUGGUGGAGAGGGUGGGACCCGCGGCGGUCGGAGGCCUCGCCGACGACGGUGCCCCUCAGUGUGAGCACACACCCCGAACCACCGUGGCCCUCGGCUGCCGACAUGGCUCCCACUGACACACACACACAGAGGAGAGGAGAGGAGAGGAGAGGCUGACUAUCACAAGUCUUGUGAGGAAUGUGUUGGAGAUUCACUCGUCCCUACACUGAAACGCUCUGUCGAGAUGCCGUGAGUACUGCUUGCAGAGCUCAGGGCUGCAGUCAGUGCAGCAAACCGACAGUAAAUCAAACGAGUACAAGUCUGUGUGGGUCGUGUCGGGUCGUGCCUACGUGAGGGCGAGAGGCUGCCAUGAAGGUCUGCGAAAGCUGGUCGGCCACACCUGGGUCCACUCGGCUGCCUGCUCCUUGGUGACAGGCUCGUGGAAGGGCACCUGCACCUCCACUGGUACAGCAGCACCGAUCCCUUUGCUGGACAGAUGCCGGGCCAACUCAUCCGGCACAUGCUGCACACACACAGAGAGAGAAGUACAGAUCACACACACAGACACAUCCAGCAAGCAUCGCAUCCUCUGUGAUGCAUUCGUCGCAAACUCACCGGUUCGAGCCCCAGGAAGAUCUGCAGGACGUCAUUCUGCUUCCUCGCCCUCUUGAGGUGUGUCAGAGAUGCCGGCAUGGCACAGAGCUGCCCCACGAGCUUCAGGCAGUCGCUGCCCAGCUGCAGCGGCACCUCGACGGCGUACGCACGGCCCACCUGGAGGCGUCGGGAGUACUCGAGAGGCAGGAUCUCCUCAAAGCGGUAGGCGGGCUGGGAAGAGCACGAGGCCUCGCAGUUCGUCUGCAUGAGUCAUGACGGUGAUGGCUAAAAGAUCUUGAUGGUUUCUCGUUGGGGAGGAUGUCAGAGCCUCAGAAGAGAG